AUUGUUGUGAUAAACUUAUUAAAUAGUGUUUAGGAUGGAUGAUAGAAAUCAUAUGCGGAAAUAUGAAAUAGAUAACAAGAAACUACACUAUUUUUCUGCAAUAACAACUGCAAAGUCAAGAAUCGACAAUGGACCACCAAAAUCUUUAAAGUAUAGUCAAAAGCGAAGAGAUAUUAUGGCCAAAAAUCGGAGUAAAUCUGCUAGAUCGAACUACCCUGAGCUAAACAAUGCCAAUAUACGUUCAACCGCUACUGCAAGAUUGGUGGACAUACCUCUCGGAUACGAAGAUUUCAACCCUCCAAGAUCUUCCACACAGAAUCGGUUUGUGAACAAUCUGAGGUGUUCAUAUGAUCCUCUAGACUACCACGAACACUACUUUACCUCGCCGAACAAACCAUUCACGCCCCGCAUAAACAGCUACACCGAAGCGACGAGCUCUGCGUUACGACAUUACAAGGACGUAUACGACUAUGAGCCAGCAAUUGCGAAGUCAGAAAGCGCACAUAAAAGUACUGUAAAAAGAGACUCAGGUGACCAGAUGAAAUCCCCAUCCUUUGUACCUCGUUUGGACUUUGAGGGAGGUGGGGGAAACGAGAACGAAGUUGCCGUGACUGCCAGUGCUAGAACACAUGAAUAUAACUACAGGACUUGGGUUGAGAAGUCAGAGAGACGCAGGGUAGAAAGGGAUAAUAAACAGCGCCUGAACGCCCAAUCCGAUUCAAUUCUCGAGGAAGUUCGGCAUUCGCACGACAACGAAAUCAAUAAAAAGAACGAGGAGAUGGCCUACCUGGAGUUCGUGCGGGAAGUGACCGCGGACAUAAUACGACGCAAUAUAUCCACUAACUCAGUGAUCAAGCAAGCAUUUGAAUGGCACAUUGAGCAGAAUAAAGGAACGUUGGACGAGGCUCGAAUGCGUGAUCAUCUGACUGUGGUGAGUCGAGAUCUCGGGUUGAUGGACUCGUGAAUCCGCUGAAAAGUUCCAGAAAUAACUAUUUUUGAAUAAAAUUUAAAUUGAAAAAUUAAAACCGAUGUGCAUAUCUUGUAUAAAUGUUAGCCUAUGAACUGUAAAUAAAUGUGUUAUAUUCAUGUAAAGAGACGAA